AUGCGUAUGACUCGUGCUGCUUUGAGAGCUCAGGCUCAGGAUGAACCUCACCUUAUUCACGAAGAUGCCAACGCGGAGAGCGUACAGGGCGCCGCAGACCCCAGCACGAACCAGGAUCUCUCCCGCCCAGCACUAGAAGACAUCACUUACAAGAAUCACCCAACUGCCAAUGAUGUUGCCGAAGACGAACGAACUGCACCUAUAGAGAAAUCCAAGAGCACGAGAAAAGGAAAACAGACCAAGAAAGGGGGUACAGAAGAACUUUCUGGUAGAGAAGAGGAGGUUGAGGAACCUCAGGGGGUCAAGGAAGAAGCAAAGAACAGUGACCACAAUCUAUCCUCAGACGUGAUUAAUAUUCACGAUCCUGCCAUUGAGCAAGAAACGAAUUGGCCUCAGCCAUCUGCAGAUGCAGUGGACGCGACACCUGAACAAGUCCAACCCCUUGACUCGACUGAUUCCACUGGUCGCGAGCCACCCAAAACUCCCAAGUUUGAUCCCCUAAUUCAUACACCUGAGGAAGGAGGUGCAACCCCUCCAGCUGAUAGCAUUGAGGAUUCAUUUGUCGACAAAAUUAAGACCAGAUCUCCUAGCAAGAUGCAGAAUUACCCAGAUGCUACUACAUCACCUAACCGGGCCGCCAACCACCUCAUGUCGCAUACACCAAGAAUUGAAGACUCUGUCGAAGCGAUAGAUGCAUUGGAAGAGGCCAUUGAGAAGAUAUCGGAGCGAUUGCCUGUAUUGGAUGGACUCAAGAUUGACUCCCUUGUUAAGUCUCCGAAGAAUACGCCUGCACGUCCCAGUCCCCAAUCGAUCACCAAGGCAUCAAAGGCUCUGACUAAGACGGAUCACCUUCCCCCAAGGCACUCUCGGGCUUCUCCCACGAAAGCAGUUCCUUCAGCCAGAGCAGCCAUUCAAUCCAAGCCGACUACUGUUCGAGCACCUGUACCUAAGCCAACAACCAAAGCCUCUGUUGUCACAAAGCCACCGAAGAAACCGAUCGUUGAUGAAGUUAAGUCUAGAGGGUCUUCGGCUCCAUCUCAACCACUGUCAUUGCCAACCUCUCCAGCCAAAGCACUCCAGGACACCACCACGAAGCGUGUGGCUAGUAGAGCACUUUCCACCAGCAAACCCGGAUUUGUCCCAGCGAAAUCUGCAAAACCGCCAACAAAGCCAACGUUUUCCCUCCCUGGGGAGGCAAUUUCAGCGAAGGUCAAGGCUCAGAGAGAGGAGCGACUGAGACGUGAAGAAGAGGCCGAGAAGGAGAGAAAGACUUUCAAAGCUAGACCUAUACCUACAAGAACGUCUCGACCAAGCGUUGUGCCACGAGAGAACAAGACCAGUCAGGCGAGAAUGAGCGUUUAUACCGGUGGAGGAAGCAAAGAGAACGUAACACCCAAGCCUGGUCCCUCUCAACCGAGACCACGGCCGUCGUCAUUUUGUGCGAAGCCAACCACAGACCCAAAGCAGCCAAACUCAAGUGUCCGACGGACAACCAGCGUCACCGAGAAGUCCACGACGGCCAAGUCACGAGUUCCAUCUUUACAACUGACGGCUGGACAGAAGUCCACGGUCACCAAACAAGAGGCUGCGCAACAAAAAGCCAAGGGUAAGGAAGGAGGCUUUGGUCGAACUAAAGUCGAGACUGAGUGGUUAGAGAAAGAGAGGAAGGCAAAAGAGGAAGCUGCCAGGAAAGCCCGUACUGAGGCGGCUGAACGUGGCAGACAGGCCAGCCGAGAAUGGGCAGAGAAACAGAGAAAGAAGUUGGCACUGCAAGCUGCAGCAAAAUUGGCGGCCGGAAAAGCAGAUUCACAAGCUAGCUCUGUGGCUGCUCCGUAA